GGCAGAACUUUUGGUAAAUGUCAAAUUAUGCCGAAAAGAUUAAAAAGCUAUGAUCUCAUUAAACAACAAUUCUGAUCUACACACCCUGUAACAAGAUAUUAACAGAUGUAAUUAUUCGGUGAUUUCUUCACAUUGAUUGCACAGAAAUGCAGCAGUCUCCUUUUGAGAACAUAUUUAAUAUAAUCGGUGGUUUUUCUAAAGGCAAUGAAAAGCCCAUGAAACAUGGAUUUUAUAACGCUUUCGCCUUCUUUAUUUUAACAAUUUGCUGUGUGGCAGUUUAUGUGUUAUUCCUGAUAUUAGAACCUUUCUUUAAACCUUUAUUAUGGGCCUUACUAGUUGGAUCGAUUCUUCAUCCUUACAAAUACAAAAUAUCGAAACAGAUAAAGUCAUGGUUCGAAGAUUUAGAAAAAUCCAACACCUCAGUUGUAUUUGGUUUGAUGGUAAUACCCGCAAAUGUAAUUAACUUUGCCUCAGAAACUGUUGGAAAUCAGUUUAAGGAACACUACAAAACUAUUAUUGGAUUGUUGUCUGCUAUAUUUAUAUUUCCAUGGCUGUACAAUUCAAUUCCUCGGAGCUUAUGCUGCAUUUUCUGGCAAAUUACAAGCUUCAUUGGAGUGUCAACAACAUUACUUAUCCAGUUAUGCACCUCCUACACAACUUUAACAUUUGCAUUAGCUUAUAUUAUAAGUGUGUACACAUUAUGGUCACCUGAAAGGUCUGGAAUAUUUAAAGCCACAUCAUAUCUUCUUUGGCUUGUUGUAACCAGUUAUAUAGCAAGCUUGUGUGGCUCAUACCAAGUUUAUAUGUUUGUUCUGCUUCAAAUUAUUGGAGUCACGGGUUUUGUACUUGAAGUGUUACAUGUUCAUAAAGUAUUAUUAACAAAAGACCCUGAGGCCUCUAUCCUUCUAGCAUUGAAUAAAGUUAUUAUGAAUGGCCACACUGAUGCUAAAGAAGAAAAUGUAAAAUCUGAUAUAACGGAAAGUAUUCCAGAAGAACCUAGCGAUAAAGAAUCGACACCUGAUAAAGAAAGUCCAAUCACUCCGGAACCAGGUCCAAAACGCGGCAGCUGGACUGGAAACGAUUCUACACAGAGUUCUCCGAAACAUGCUAAGAUCUUAUUUAAAACAAGAACUCUAUCUGCUUUACCAUUACCAAAUGUUAAAACAAAACCAUCAAUCGAAAAUCGAAUCUUAGCAUCGUUUAAACAACGGUCUCUUGAUGAAAAUUAUAUGAGGAACAGUUUUAAUAACGAUGAUGAGUCAGCUAUAUAUUUCAAGCUUUUAUUCUUUGGAUGUUUCUGUAUGCUUGUUUGGAAACAUAUCUGGUUGUUACCGGUGAUGCUGUUUUUCUUAGCAAUACAUUUCAUAAAAUGGAUGCUCAACUUCUUUGGUGUUUGGCUCUUCUUUGAAAACUAUUAUAACAAUGUUAUGUCUAAAAUCAAGAACUGGUGGGGAGACAGGCAAUCUGCAUUACUACCUGCUCAUGUCCGUGGAGUAGGCAAGAUGCUAUCUAUCUGCAACCGCAGUGUGACAGAGAUGGCCUAUAGUUCUGUCGACACCGUCUCCUCGUGCAUUGUCAUUGUUGGCCUUAUUUUCUUUGUCACUGUUGCUGUAGUUUUCGUCUGCAUUCAGAUAUAUUCGGAAGCGAUUGUAGUUGUACAACUGAGUGGAAGUCUCUUGAACAGUACUUUUGUUCAGCACAGCCCACUACAGAAAUAUUUACCCGAUGGUUGGGAUGAAAAACUGGACUCCCUCAUCGAUGAUGCAUAUACGUACGGAAGAGAAGGAAUAUCAACUGCUGUGAGGAAUAUCCUGAAGGAAGGUGACCCGGACAAGGUAGGCCGUGUGGAAACUCAGAUCCUGGAGCUAUGGGACCGCGUGUACCAGAGCUGGGUGUCGCUGCACUUUGCUGGCAAUGGCGGUAAUGUCGGCCCACAAGUCGACGGCUCCGCUGUGCAGGACUCCUGGGAUAACUUCCUUAGUAAUGUCACGCAAGCACCAGGUCUAUUCGACUACUCUGGCAUAGUGUCAUGGGUGUCGGCUAACGUGGGCACGUUGCGUGAGAUCGCGGCCAGUGUAUGGGCGCCGCUCGCCAGCAAUGUGUCACUGCUGGCGGGCUCGCUGGGCGCGGCCACCUCGCUCCUUCUCUGCGGCGGCGGAGCCAUCAUUAAUAUGUUUAUUAACUUGGUGGUGUUCUUCACAACGCUGUUCUACCUACUGGCAUCUAGCAACGCUCUGUACAAGCCGGUGGAGGUGCUGACGCGGCUGCAGGCCGGCUUCGGCCCGCGUCUCGGCAUUGCGCUCUCCGUCGCCAUCAAUCAGGUGUUUAGGGCGUCGUUUAAGAUGGCGUUAUUCUACGGUCUGUGGACGUGGCUGGUACAUAACUUAUUCGGAGCCAAGGUCGUCUAUCUGCCAUCCGUUCUAGCCGCGAUUCUCGGGGCUGCUCCUUUCCUUGGGCCGUAUUUAGCGGGAAUCCCCGCUGCCCUGGACGUUUGGCUGCAGGGUAGGCCGAUGGCGGCGUUGCUCCUGCCCAUAGUACAGGCGGCGCCUAUCGCUUUCCUAGACGCCGCUGUUUACGCCGAGAUUAAAGAUGGCGGUCACCCAUACGUGACCGGUCUGGCAAUAGCCGGAGGGAUAUUCUACUUGGGUCCCGAGGGAGCGAUCCUCGGACCUCUACUCCUUUGUUGUCUUAUGGUCAUCCUCAACCUGUCUUCUACAUUCUUAAGAGAUACACCUUCAGAAGAAACCGCAGCGUUGCAUUCAAGAGUCAGAUACGGUGCUUAUCUAUGAUCAUGUUGCAUGGAAAACUAACAUGAAAGAAUGAACAGAUCUAGAUGUAUGCAGAUGUACGCGCUCUUUUUCACAACGCAUGUUCUAUCGACGAUUUUCUAGACAAGCCAGCUUUUGUACAGCUUUAAAUAACUUCAUUGACGUAAUAUUAUAAUUUCAAUGUCGCUAAAUAAUUUGACGUUAAAUUAUAAUUUCUUUGCCGGCAAAUUAUAAUUUCUUUAACGUCAAAUUAUAAUUAAAUUGAUGCCAAAUACAUUUGACGCAAAAUAAUAAAGGCGAAAACGUCAAACUAACGAACUAAAGUAGAUAAUUUAGUACAUUAUUAUAAUGCAAAUCGAAUAUUUAGAUGUCGCUUUAUAAAUAUUUCUAUUGUCAAUGAAAUAAUAUAUAUUUUGUAUAAGUUUAAUUUUACAAUUUGUGGUAUGAUGGAAAAUAUUGUCUAAAUUACAUUUUGAUAUUAUUUUUUUUAAUUCGGCAUUACUCUUAUUGUAUUAAAAUUUUAAGAAACAAGGUCAGUGCGAUCUCUGAUUGUUUGCAAAGUUAAGGAAUAUUGAUAUUUUGUAAUCUGGAAACAACAAAUAAGGUCAAUUGUAGGUUUAAGUGAAUUCAACGAGAAAAAGUAUAUAGAAGAGAAGAAAAUUUUCCCUUAUUAUCGAAAUUUCAGAUUUGCAAAUCUUAUUUUUUUCUAGCAAAAGUAAUAUAAAGAAAUUUUUAUUUCGUAAUUGCAAGCUAUUGUUUUAUCCAAUUUUUAUAGUGCUGACUACAUGAUUGGGACAAGGACAGAAUGAUGAUUAUGGUGUUUUAUUUAGUAAUUUUAUUCACGCUUCUUAUGUAUCCUGCACUAGGCUGCUUCUAAUUUUAAAACUUACUAGUAGAAUAGUGAAAUUUAAAUUGUGUCUAUAUGGCUUUUAGCUACUUUUGUCUUCCUUUCAAUGUCAUUUAAAAUGUUUAAGGCUCUCUAACAAAAAAUCUAAUUAAAAAAAUUAAAGCUCAUGUGAUGUUAAAAAUGGUGCUUUAAAUAUUGAUUUAGCAUACGUAAAUAUGAAGGUGAGGGCAAUUUAAUGUUAAAAUUUGAUGGGAGAUUAAAUCCCUGGAAUUGUCAAUAACUAUUUAGACCACAAAAGAUUAAAACUAAAUAGAAAAUAUCAAUUUAUAAACGUUUGAAACAUGUAUAAAUAUGUGUGUAAAUGUUUCGAACAUUUAUAUUAUAAAUGGAACAUUAGUCAAUUUAUCAUUUAAUUAAUAAAUUCAAUUAAAUACCAAAUGAAAUUUUACUCAGUGAAAUUAAACUAAGUAUAGUAAACGUGAUAUUGCUUGAAUAAGCUUUAGUAAUUAAAUGUGUUAAGAAACACCAUAUUAUAUAUUUUUAAUAUAAAUUUUGCGUUAUAAAAUAUUUUCAAUUUCUUAACAAUUAUAUUAAAUAACGUAUUAAUUCCAGUCGCUUAAUUGAAUAUGAGAAAUGUAUUAAUUAAUAGUCAUUAGCUUAUAAAAAUAAUGCAGGUUGCCUGUCUUACCAUGGGUUUCUGAGACCU